AUGGGCUAUGAUCACGGCCAUCAGGAAGCGGCAAACGAAGGGCUUGGUGGGGCUGGAGCCUGGUUAUGUAGCCUCACCGGAAGGGGGCCUAUAAAAGCUCAAGCUAUAUACAAAACGAUCGGAGUUGUUAUCCGAGACUUUGUAAAUAUCCAACUAACCAGAUUCGAAAUGAAGAUCCCGUCGCUCUUGACAGUUUCGCCAGACCGGUUGGUGCGAGUGACGGACCCGGAUGAGGAGGUCUUUGCACUUUACACCGGGCUGGCAGGCUCGUCGGAGUGCGCCACCGAAUUCGACGCGGCCAAAAGCGAGCAGGCCCACCGACAUCCAACCCAGGUGGGCUCGUUGGGCUUUGUGGACUCGGGGGCGUCGAGGGUGGCCAUCCGACUCGAGAUCCGUGCUCCUCCCCCGCAGCCGACCGAUCGGCCGUCUGGGACGGUGCAGAACAGGAGAGCUGCAAGGAGAGCCAAGGCCUGCUCGUCAAGCCAGAACGGUCGGGACAUCCAAGUCGAACUCAAGCAGGACAUCUUCGCCACCAAGUAUCGCAGUGGAGACACCGGAUCGAUCGUCUGGCGAGCCAGCAUCCAUCUGGCUGAGUUCCUGUGGUACGAGCUUCUAUUCCCCUCGACGCCGGAGGCGCCAUUGGUGGGGCCGAGUGAGCAGGACGGGAGUAAGGACGAGAGGGGAUUCUUGGACAUGAAACGGCUGACGGGCUUGGGGCGAAUCUUGGAGCUCGGAGCGGGCACGGGCAGUCUAGGGAUCCUCUGUGCGGGCAUGUUCCCGCCGGAAUCGAGGGCCUCAUGGACCGUCUCAGACCAGUUCGACCUACUCGCCAUCAUCGCCCGCAACUUUUCGCACAACCAGAUUGGCUUCUCGACUUCCGGACCGAGGGCCUCUGAUCGGGAGGAGUCCGGCGUGCUAUUCUCGGUCGAGGAGAUCGACUGGGUCGAGGUUGAGAAGCAGUGGCUCAAGACGCAGGACAUCCAUCAGCCUCGAGUGCAGGGCAACGAGAAAAAAGCCGACAGUCGGGCAAGAUACGACCUGAUCCUCGCGGUCGAUUGUCUCUACAACGAGUCUCUGAUCCUCCCAUUACUCCGCACGAUCGACCACUUAGCGAGUGUGGAGUCGGAUGGCUGUUGUAGUCGUACUGGGCCGACGCUCGUCAUCGUCCUCAGCGAGCUCCGGUCCAGCGAGGUGGUCGAGAGCUUCGUCCGCCAUUGGCUCGCCCUCGGCCCGACUUGGUCCAUCUUCCGUCUCCCCUCCUCUCUCCUCCAUCGCCCAUAUCCGUCCCUCAACAUCGCCAAUCCCCACUAUGUCCUCUGGUGUGCCUGGAAAAAUCGGCCCUCUGACGACCCCACUUGGGCUCGUACAACAUCACCAUUCAAAUGUCGCGACCUGUAAUGCGCGUUGGUAUGUCUGAGUGCACAACUCGACAUUCAAGCCGUCUCCGAAGGUUUUCAUGUAGAUCGAAAUCAUUUCUUCGGCGGCCGAUGGUUGUCAAAAUCUGGGCCAACAAACUUGCCCUCCAAAUCACUGUUUUUCCUUUUAUUUAUUUCUGUUUUCAUUUGGACAAGACCUAUGUAUGUAAAUUGGUUCUGCAGAUCUCAGGGAGAAGGUGGCAGGAAAGGACUAUAAAGUUUGUGUUCUUAGGUUCUGCCUUGCUUGGAGUUGAUGGCAUGU